AGUGGCUAACCAAGGACGAGCAUCUCUUCUCCUACUAUGAAAGGAACCUGCUAAACUCCACGGCUGCACCAAUAAUUAUUAUCCUGAAGAACUGAGAAGCAUGAAGACAGCAGCUCUCUUGGUUUGUCUUGUAGGAUCUGCUUUGGCCAUUCCAACCUAUCCCUUUACCUACAAGCUUGGAAUCCAUGGACAAAAACCUGCAGAAAAGGCUCAAGACAUUCAAUCUGAUGCCUCAGCAGAAGAGAGCCCAGAGCACGAAAACAACGGUGAUUUGCUGUCAAAUCCCAGAAACAAAAACCAAGAGGUACCACUGACAGCUACCGAGCCCAGGCCUGCUCGAACACAGGGAGGCAGCAGUAAUGAGCACGAAGCCUACAACAGCCCCAAGAGCUCUAAUUUCCUCUCGCCGCACAUUAAAAUGGGUUCGGCCCCUGACAGGCAGGACGGUGACUCUGGAAGCAGCAGCGGAGAACAGGUCAGCUCUGAAUAUCACCAGCUCAGGCGGCCUGAGAAACACAACAAUGAACGAAUUUGGGAUGAUGAAGGAAGGCUGGUGGAUGCUCGCAGUGCGCAAAACGCCUGGACCUACAAUAAAGAUAGAGUUGACCUAUCGGAGAACAAGCGUGAUGGUGAUGAAGAGGGCAAGGUGGAGGAGGAGGAAAGGGAAAGGGUGGAAGAAACCAUCUACAGAGAUAUGAAGCACCAAACCCAAUUGACAAAUCACAACAGUCAAUACAAGAGGGAACAAGAUGAAGAGGGUGAACAACCUGAUGAAAUCACGGGAGAUUCCAGGCAGCCACUCCAGAUAACCAAGAGGCACGGUGAGAAACUUGACCGAGAGGAGCACGAGAGGGAUGAGACCCAACCCAAGCCUCACGAAUCAGAAAAAAUCCCUCUCUCUCAAAAAAGCAGUAGCCAACAUCAGGAUGACGGACAGCAAAGCCAACAAGGCAAAGCCAAUUCUCAUGCACACAAACAGAACGUUGAUGACGACGAUCACGAUGGUGAUGUUGAUGGCGAAGAAGAUCUGAGCAGUGUCUGGAAAAAGAACUAUGCAGAAGGUGGAAGUAUCCAGAGUGAUAAACCUGUAAGUAUCAGCGCGGAGUGGAAAGGGGACAGCAAAGAUGGCAGUGCACGUAGCAGAGAUAAUGGUGACGACCUGCAUGCCACAAAGCAAGACUUUGCUCACUUUGAGGAAGAUGACCAUCAUGAGCUACUCGAUUCUGACAGCAAGGAACAAAAGGAAACCAGCAGUUCUGUUCAGAGUGUGAAUUCAGUGGAACCUGAACAUAAGGUUAAAGCUACGAGCAGAUCCUACGGCGAGGGGGAAAGUGCGAGCAACAGCAGUGGGAAGGCUUUGCUGGAUGCAUGCAGGAACUUCCACUGCAAGAGAGGAAAAGUGUGCCACGUGGAUGAACAAGAGCAACCCCGCUGCAUUUGCCAAGACCCUGCUGCUUGCCCUUCAACCAAAGAUUAUGAGCAUGUUUGUGGCACUGAUAAUAAGACCUACGAGGGCCUCUGCCAGCUCUUUGGCACAAAAUGCCAACUUGACGGGACAAAAAUGGGGCGCCAGCUGCACCUGGACUAUAUGGGAUCCUGCAAAUUUAUCCCUCAUUGUACAGACUAUGAAGUGGAUCAGUUCCCUCUCCGGAUGAGAGACUGGCUCAAAAACAUCCUUAUGCAGUAUUACGAACGCGAUGUGGAUACAUCUGGAUUCCUAACUGAAAAGCAAAGAAACAAAGUCAAAAAAAUCUAUGAGAAUGAAAAACGUCUCUCGGCCGGCGACCACCCAGUUGAGCUGCUCCUGUAUGACUUUGAGAAGAAUUAUCACAUGUAUGUAUAUCCUGUACACUGGCAGUUUUACCAGCUUGAUCAGCACCCCGUUGACAGAGUAUUAAGCCACUCAGAGCUGGCUCCCUUGAGAGCUUCUCUUGUCCCCAUGGAACACUGCAUAACUCGGUUCUUCCAAGAGUGUGAUGGAGACCAAGAUAAACGUGUCUCUUUGAAGGAGUGGUGCCACUGUUUUGGGAUUAAAAGAGAGGACAUAGAUGAAAACCUCCUGUUCUGAGCACGACUGAACAGAAUCCCAGUGCUUUAAUACUGGGUCAACACGAAAACCCAGUUUGGUUCUUUUCUCAUUAGCAGCUUAUUAGAAGAAAGACUGAGAAAACUGAAUAAGGUUUUUUGAAUAAAAGCUUUUGAUAGGUCAACAG